GCAAAGAUGAAAUAGCAGAUCAACACAGGUUCCACCCCUUCGACAGUGCAGCUGAGUCUGUUGCACAAACUUGAGCAAGCUCUGAGGAACACCUAAGAACUAUGGAUUUGGUUCUUUUUCUGUUAUGACUAAGGACGUGUGGGACAAAGGCUUGCACUAGAACACCAUCAUGAAAGACUGCUGUCUUGUAAACUGGCACUGAGUGAGGUGAGGAAGCAGGUGCUGAGUUUAUAUCUCUGCUGUUUUGAGGCCUGUUCUGGCCUACAGCAGUCAUGGACCUGACACUGUGGCAGUACCAGUUUCGCAUCAUCAUGCUGGGCGACUCUACGGUGGGAAAGUCAUCCAUGCUGAAACGCUACACAGAGGACGAGUUUCUGGAGUGUAUCAACCAGACAGUCGGAGUGGACUUCUAUGUGUACUUCCUGGAAGUGGAGCCCGGAGUGAGGGUCAAGCUGCAGUUCUGGGACACAGCUGGCCAGGAAAGAUUCAGGUCUGUGACCCGCUCCUACUACCGGAACUCGGUGGGCGCACUGCUGGUCUUUGACGUUGGGAACCGCACGUCGUUUGAGCGCGUGCAAGAGUGGCACGCUGAGGUGUGCGAGCACGUGCGGCCUCAUGCAGUGCUUUUCGUGCUCGUGGGCCACAAGAGCGAUCGCGAGGAGGCAGGGGAGCGCGUGGUGAGCCGCGAGGAGGCGGAGAGGCUGGCGGCGCAGCUCGGAGCCCCGUACGUGGAGGCGUCCGCCAAAACAGGCCACAACAUCCAGGUCCCGUUCGAGCUGCUGAGCCGCCGCGUGUACCAGGGACUGCAGGCGGGAGAGGUGCAGCUGAGGGAGGGCUGGGACGGAGUGAAGAGCUCAGUUCCACACAACCAGAAGAUCACCACCACCAAACUGCAGAACAACGACACCAACACGCAGAGCAAGCGCUGUGACUGCUAGAGGAGCCCCCCUUCAGAGACUCGCACACUGAGCCUGAUCUGAGCAGGAGAGCCGUGGGAAUGUGGAAAGAACUCAGUCCACUUUCAGUCACAACACUCUGAUCUUCUACACGUGCACCAGCAACAUCAUCCCAAAGCACAGGGCCAUCGGCCGAACACUGUUACUGAUGUUGUGAACGAUUUCUGAGGAGAAUUUAAGAGGCAAUGUGUGGGUCAGUAAUGCCCGCCUCGGGUCACAGGGUCAGAGGAAACUCCGAACAGAUGUAAAGUAAAAGAAGACCCAUAGUACUUUCUUUUGAUGCCCUAGACUUUUAACUUUGAUUCACUCUUGAUGUUCACUUAGAUUGCUGGAUUUGUUAGUGGGAGUUUUCCAAAAAGCACACCUAUCAACAGUCAGCUUAAUGACGCAGUGUUUGUCUGAGAAUGGAUCAAAGUGCCAAUCAAGUCCUGUAGUAGUGAAUCACUGGUACUAAUUAGCAAUAAAAAGAAGCUUUGACUGUUUUUGUUUUUGAAAUAAGACAGUUGUCCUGUUGGUGUUCCUUGGUGUCUUCAUGCUGUUUUUGAUCUCUUCUGGUACAACCUAUCCAAAACAUCAUGCAAUGUGGGACGUCUGUCUGAAAUGCCCUGCUGAUCUAGAAACCUUCCAGACUAAACCAGAAAACUCCAACAUGCAGUACUGUAAAAUGU